AUGGGCCUAAUAGAGUGCAGUGUGUGUGCAGCCGCAGCGGCGGCGGCGGCCGCGGCGGUGGCGUGGAAUACGUCACAGGUCAUACACGAGCCGGAGUCGACGAAGUCUUCGCCUCUGCAUGUGUCGAAUGGCACAAUCAACGGUGAUGUGGUGCCUUACACGAAGACGUGCACAUUCAAUCGGGAAAGUUUAUCGAAAGGUCAUAGUGAGUCAGUCCUAGCUUUACGGUUC